AUGCUUUUCUACCAACUGCGACGCACGUUCGACCGCUGUUCUGACUCGCAAUCUUUCUGGCUUGGACUCUACUUUGCGUUGAACUUGAUGCUCACGCUUUAUAACAAAGUUGUACUUGUGUCUUUCCCGUUUCCCUACACUCUCACGACUAUCCAUGCCUUCUGCGGGUCCGUCGGCGGUCGAUACAUGCUCCAGAAUGGUUUCUAUCAGCCCAAGAGGCUAAAUAACAAUGACUACAUCACAUUACUAGCUUUCAGCAUCCUUUACUCCGUCAAUAUCGCAAUCAGCAAUGUUUCCCUGAAACUUGUCACUGUUCCAUUCCAUCAGGUCGUCCGCGCGGCCUCACCCAUCUUCACCACAAUCCUAUCAUACUACCUUUUCAAUACACGAUUCAGCAAGAAUACGCUUGCCUCGCUCGCUCUCGUGAUCGCAGGCGUAGGUCUUGCAACCUAUGGCGACUAUUACUUCACACCUGCCGGCUUCCUCCUAACCCUCUUCGGCACCGUCCUUGCCGCGCUCAAAACCAUAGCGACACAUACCAUCCAGUCCCCACCCUCUGCCCGAAAUCCACUCUCAUACGCAUCCAGGAUGCCUCAACAGAAGCGUGUGCGGCGCACCUUCCGACUCCCGCCGCCGUUUCCACGCCUCCCCUUUUCUGUCGUCCUACCCGAUUUUCCAUCCCUGAGCCUGCCGCGGCUCCACCUCCACCCGCUCGACCUGCUCACGCGUACGUCUCCACUAGCCCUUGUGCAGUGUGCGCUCUACGCCCAUCUGUCCGGUGAAUUGGAUACCCUCCGGCAUUGGAAAAUAGAACGAUACACCACGGCGCAUGCGGGCGUGCUCCCUUCUCACGUCGGGCUUCUUUUCGCGAAUGGCCUUAUCGCCUUUGCGCUCAACGUGGUGAGCUUCGAAGCGAACCGCCGCGCUGGCGCACUGAGCAUGGGAGUCGCAGCAAAUGUCAAGCAGGUGCUGACAGUGCUGUGCGCUGUCUCGAUGUUCCAGCUCACGAUAUCACCCACCAAUGCGUUGGGCAUCGCACUGACGCUACUAGGCGGCGCUUGGUAUGCCGCAGUGGAAUACAGGGAGAAAGCUACACGACGACGAUGA